UUCCGUGACUUUCUUCGAAGAAUAAGAAUAUCAAGAAAGCCCACUCCGUUGAUGCUCGGGGGGACACUAACGCAGCGCUAUCUGCGGAUUAAAGUUCAACCUUCAAGCGCUAGUGUGCGUUACUGAUUGUAUGCGGAUACCAAAACACACGCACACUACCUUCUCUUAUGACAAAUCACGCACACUGUUACAUAGCGCUUUCACCUUGAAACGCUUAGAGAGCGCCACUUGUCUUGUCGCUUGACGUUUACAUGGAAAAAGACAAGAGAGGGCAUUCUUUCUAUUUUUAUUCUUUGCUUUCUUGCAGAACUGGUCUAGCCGCACAAGUUUUUCAUAUACCAUUUUCUCAGGUUCAGCUUCUAAAUUGAGCUGUAGGUGGUUGAAUUUAGAUAGGGAAGUGGAACCAUCUCGGCAGGAAUCCUAUUUUGGGCACUUUUCUGCUAUAACUCAGCCUAUUCUGAACCAAUUGACACAAUUUUUGGAACGCGAUGAGAUACGUAUAGUAUUUUGUUCAUUCCAAGUCAAUUAGUUUGGAAUUGACUGAGUUAUAGCGAAGAGUGCCCAAAAUAUCGACCGCUGCCCAAGUGGUUCGCUACCUAUGACGAAAUGAAAUUUUCAGCACUGGAUACUUUUUUAAUACAUAACAUUAUGCGUUACAACGGGUGAAUAUAAAAAGAUUUGAAAUUUUCAACAAGUACAAUAGAAGAUGAAAUGAUUUAAAUGCAAAUUGAGGAAUGCAUCUCAAAUAAACACACUUUACAGAUGCACAGGGGUAAGCACAAAACAAUGCAAAUCUGAUUUAACUUGAUCAGAAUUUCAGCAGAGCCAGUUGAUUUUUCAGCUCAUUCCUUGUCAAAUAUUUGACCCUGUGUAAUUGUAACCUUUAAAUAACUUUGGUGGGGACAGACAGGAUGUUGAUUUGAAGGCCUUAAGAUAGUCCUUAGUGAAUUUGUAAGGUUCUUUUUACACAGCUUAGAUUUUGACUCCUCAAAACAUUAUCAUCAUUAUGUUUACCUAUGUUUGCAGCAUUUUUAGAAAAAUCCCAAAUAAAUUCUUUAAGAAAUCGCAAAAAAGAAACCCUUUCGUUAAAUGUGAUUCCCGUUUGGUCCAGGAACUUUUCGUAAUGGAAAUUUCCUGGGACUUUCUUGGGCAUAGAGUAUCUUCGUGCCUGUCACAUGAUAUACACAUGCAAAAUGGUCAUUGGUAGAGGAAGCUCUCAGUCAAAAACUGUGGAAAUGCUCAUAGAACACUAAGCUGAGGAGCAGGCUUUGUCCCAGUGGUGACGUUACGCCAAGAACGAGUAGAUUGAGUGGACAUUCUGGACAUAACUUUAACUUUUAGUUUUCAUAACUAUGUAUUUAAAUCCUUAUUGAAGCGACUUCCAGUGUUCACAUUUUGUUUCUAAAUUAUGGGUAUGGGUAAAAAUCCAGAUCUGACCCAUUUUGGGCCACUCUAGUGCACACACGUACAAGCGCGCUCCACCGAGGAGGGAGUGUUGAUUGGGCGAGAUUUGCCACAAUAAAUCAGGUUUUGCAGCCAGCACCGAGCGACCCACCUCUAUCCAGCCUCCACCAGCAGCAAUGCCACGGCAAGAGUUGUUAUAGUGCCGCGGCUCCCAAGGUUCACAGCGAAUUAAGGGCGGGUUUCCUGGAGCAAGAUCUGGAAUGCAAAAUGCAUCGAAAUCAUUUUUAAUUGUGAAAAUAUACAAAACAGGUGAUAAAUUGCAGUGGUUUUGUGGCAGGCUGAUAAUAAAGCGGAAAAUGUUGCACUAGCCGCAGGCAGUCGCAGCCGCGUUGACCAAGCGAUCAAAUAAGAACGCUUCAGCAGCAGUGAGAAGGAAAGGGGAAGGAGCACAAACAAAGUCAGGCGUGCGGUGCAAGCGGUGCAAUAGAAGGAGCCAAGCGCAGAAUAAAAUAUACACACAACAAUACGCAGCAGGGCAAAGUCAGUGUCAGUGGAAGAGAUUAGUUCCGUGUGCGGGCGGGACCUGAAUGCUGAAAACCUCCAAGACGCCAAGACACAACACAUUUGCCAGCGGUAAUGGAUAAAUGAAUAUUCAUAUGUGUACCAUUCGAGGCGAAUGCAUCACUCAAGCAGUAAUAGCAGCAGCAGCAGUAGUAGCAGUGGAGCAGUACCGGAACCAACCGGGACUGGGUUCUGAAACGGAACUGCAGACGACACUCCUCAGCGGUUGAAGCUAGGUGACACUUCCAGACCGGCCAGCCAUGUCUGGCGGAAAGGAUCGACGGUCCCGGGCCAGCAAAACCCAAGGCUGGGAGGAGGCCGGCGGCGAGUUCUACCAGGAAAGCUACCCGGCCGACCUGGAGGGUAUGCAGCGGGACCCGUCCAAGAUUGCGACCCUGCUGCCCUCGAAGCAAACCAGAAAUGCAACGACUCGACGAGUGCGGCCGUCCCAGCAGGACACCAAAGGAACUCGUAGGAGGACCAGCUUUUCGACGGUGGCUCGGCGUGGUUCGCAAUACCACGAGAUACAAGUGGCAACGCUUCCAGAUUUGUCAGAAAACCUAAUCAAUGAGGAACGCACUUGGGAAGAGAUCCAGGAGAUCAAGUCUAUGCCUGUACCGAUGGCACAAAAGCGCGAAAUGAAAGCACAAUUACAGAACGCCACCAAACUCCGCCUGCAGGGCUUCGAGCAGAUCAAAUGGCGCCGGCGGAAAGCGUGGCAGAGCAUCCGGGCCAAGUGGAGCGAGUACCGCACCAAGCUAGAACUGUGGCGCAUGUCGCUGAAAACCAUCGAAGGAAACUUUGGCACCGGCGUCGUAGCGUACUUCCUCUUCCUGCGGUGGUUGAUGUUCUUGAACCUGAUCGUGUUUGGUCUAGUGUCGGCGUUCAUCGUACUGCCGUACGUGGUGCUGCGGGAACCCCAGGAUCUUCCCUGCGAGAUCCAGGCGGAUCCCACGUCGGUCCAGUGUUGCUCGGAGUCGUACGUUAAUGCGACUAAGCGGGUGGAGUUCGCCGUGCUGGACGUAAUACAGGGCACGGGCUUCAUGGAGGGCACCUUGCUAUUCUACGGAAUGUAUACGAACAUGAUCUACGGAUACAGUCCGCUGGAAGAUCGCCUAGCGGCACGACCCGCUAGGAUGGAGGUGCCUAGUACGACGACUACGACGAGUAGUACGACCGUUAGCAGUAGCAGUAGUAGUAGUUCUAGUACUACAAUGUCUAGUACAACUCCGCUAGGAGCGAUAGCAGAGAUUAAAAAUAGUAACUUUAGUAGUCUCAAUGGCAGCUAUUACGAGGGAUUUCUAAUGGAAAUGGGAGAAGCUAUUGACCAAAGUGUGGCGGAAGUAAGCUCCGGUACCGUGCUGUACUACGACUUUCCGCUGGUUUACGUGAUAAUUACGGCCAUCUGCUACGUGGUGGCCCUGAUUGCCAUGAUGAAGGCAGUUGUUCGGCAGUUCAAGGAUCGAAUUGCCGAGGGCGAAGGACUGUUCUAUCAGUACUGUAACUUGGUCUUUGGAGGCUGGGAUUUUUGCAUUCACAACGAAAAAUCCGCUGAUAUUAAACAUAAGGCGCUGUACCACGAGAUUCGUUCGUUGCUUCAUACGAAGCGUUUCGAAAACGAGCGUAUCAAUCGCUCUCGAGAUUUUAUGGUUAAGUUAAUUUCUAUCCGGUUCGUGAUAAAUUUGAUAGUUUUUGUGAUAUUAACGAUAGCUGUCGUGAUUAUUUAUGUGCUGUUCAAUGUGUCGAUGUCCAAAUUGGAUCCCAACUUCCAGAACAACCAUCUGAUCAACUUCCCGCGAGGGUCUUCGUGGUCGUCGUUCCCAUCAUUUGGUUACUCUGCCACAAUGGCUGUGCCAUCCACUAGUGCAACCUCUUCGUACUACAUGAUCUCGCGGGACGGAUCUUCUCCGGCCUCGCCAACGAUCCCCGAUGAGCUGGAAUCGAAUCUGACAGCUCGGUUGGAAGUGCUGUUCUACGAGUUCCUUCCUUACAUAGCGAUCGUGUGCAUGAACUUAGUCGUUCCUUUAUUCUUCAAUUAUUUAGUGCAAUUUGAAAAAUAUUCCCCCCUUUUUGUGAUCAAAAUAACUCUCUUCCGGACGGUCUUUCUCCGGCUUUCGUCGCUCGCCGUCCUGCUGAGUCGGUUUUACUUCCUGGUCAAACCUAAAAUCCAUCAAACAGUGCUGCCAACCAACGGGACUGAUACGAUGACCAACUUCACACUGACCAUGGACAAUGGUUCCGUGACCGAUCAGUGCUACGAUAUGGAACGAGGAACGCCCCAAUGCUGGGAAACCUUUGUGGGACAACAGUUCUACAAGUUGUUCAUCGUUGACUUUGUGACGCACUUCCUGGUGACGUUCUUUGUCAACUUCCCGCGAGCGAUGUUCGCACGACAUUCCAACAGUCGAAUCGCCAAGUUCAUCGGCGAGCAAGAGUUCGAACUGUCCAAGCACGUGCUGGAUGUGAUCUACUCGCAGACCCUGUGCUGGUUGGGCACCUUUUACACGCCCUUCCUACCGGCGAUCGCCGCCCUGCUGUUCUUCCUGAUGUUCUACAUCAAGAAGUUCGCCUGUCUAGUCAACUCGAAUCCUUCGACGAUUCUGUACCGAGCUUCCCGUUCGAACUCGCUGUUCAUGUCCACCCUGUUGAUCUCAUUCACCGUGGCCAUCAUUCCGGUGGUGUACGCGUGGGCCGAAAUCGUCCCCUCCCGGUCGUGCGGCCCGUUCCGGGGUCUUCCCACCGUGUGGGACCGUGCCAUCAACGCAUUCAUGAAGAUGCCCCAGUUCUGUCAGAACGUCAUCUUCUACUUCGGCACUGCCUCGUUCGCCAUACCUUGCUUCGUAGUGCUAACGUUCUUCAUCUACUACUACUAUGCCGUUUCGGCGGCCAACCGGCACAUGGUGUCGGUCCUAAAGCACCAGCUUGUGCUAGAAGGCCACGACAAACAAUUCCUGCUGAGCAGGUUGAGCCUGUUCAUCAAGCAACAGCAGGAAUAUCAGAAGCGGAUAAUGCGACAAGCGGCCGAACAGCAACACCAUCAAGGCAGCAACAAUAUUCAGGCGCAGCACAGCAGCAGUCAUCCGCAGUCUGCUCCUCCGCCGCCGGUGGCACCGCCAAAACCGCCGCCAAAGCAAGAGGAACAGCAGCCUCCUUUGCCACCGCGGGCCGAUCGGGAUUCGAAACCGAGCAGUCGCGAUAGGGAGCGGGACCACCGGAAGGAAGGGUCCGGCGGGGAAAUUAAGUAAGGGGGUGAUGGACGGGGGAAUUGUGAGGAAGUAAAAGUUUGAGGAUCAGUUGAGUUUUGCCAUAGCGAGCGAGGGUACGUACGACCAUUCUGGACUUUUGUAUAUUUAAUAAGGCAUUUUGUAAAAAUAACUUUGAAAGUGAUUAGAAUUCAUCAACUAACGAUUCGGUACAUCUGUUCUGUUGAUUCCUUUUCAUUUUACAAAUCACAUCAGCCGACACAUUACACGAAUGAAAUUGCGGCCUAAAUCCAACCCCUUGAACUAUGGUUUCUCAUAUGCCUGUGGAAUGAUAGAGAGCAACUACUAUCAAUUUCUCCAUUUCUCCAUUAGUGUUGCCAGCUGAUCAAGAUCUCCUGAUGGGCCAAUCGUCAAAGGUGAUUAAACGCACCGUGAACCUUAGCCAGAGUCCGCUUUCUCACUGCCCAGAUUCCAGCAAUGUGAAGUGAUCCAAGCUAUGAAGAUGGUCUAUGAGCGUUUGGAUAAAGUACUCAAGACUUGACGUUUUCCAUUCAGGAAGUGCAUUAAAUGCUUCAUCGGUUUCAUUGACCGAACAGCCUCCGGAGAGUUUAGGCUGUCAGUUGAAAUGAAGCAUUGCUUAGGUGGAAGAGUGUGAAUGUUCAAUACAGAACAGAACUUUUGAAACGUGAAGGUAUUUGAAGCUAUAAAAAUAGAUACCGAAACCAGUCGAAUCAUCUGUUUUUGAAUCAUCUGUGAAGAACUACUGUCUUUUACCGCUUGUAACAUGCCCGAAUUUGCAAAACCUUAUGGAAAACACGCGGAACGAUAAGAUUCUGGUAAUCAGGUACCUAUGUAUUCCGUUGAUCAACAUUUGCAGUGAUUGCAAGAUAAACUGCUCCAAAAGUUCCAUUAGAUAUUUCUACUUGGCACUCGAUACCUUCAAAACUUUAUUAAUUAAGACUCAUUUGGGCAUCUGGAAUUUCUGCAUUGAAGAAUUCAUUGGUAUGUUUCCACUAGAAAUAACUCUUAUAUUCCGUCACGAUUUCCUGUAAGGAAUUUCCUUCUGUAAUAUGUAUUCGAUAUUAAUAUUCUGCCGAAUUUACUGAUUCGUUUUACACAAAUUGUACUUGGUUAUCUACGAACUUGAAAAAAAAAACAACUCGAAUAUUCCAUCUGGGGAUUCUACCAUGAAUUCAUUCUGAAGUUCCUUCAGAGCAGGGGUUUUCAGAUCAUGUACAUCGGUGCACUUGAUGCAUGCGAAGCCUUGAUAAGGGCAAAAAUUCUGCUUUCAGUUCCAAAUCCAUUACCAUUUGGAUGAAAAAUUCAAAGAAGUUCCACGAUUAAAAUAUUAGAUGGUGUUCUAGGGUACCAAGAAAAUAUUUACAUGAGUCAUGCCUGAUUUAAAAAGCAAUCCUGUUGGAACCCUACCAGGCAUUCACGAAUAAUGAUGGACCCAAACUCUGGAUGGAAAUAAAAUAUUUUUUCUCUCAAGAAUUUGUCAUGGAUAUCCGUAACACUAAACAUACUCCAAAAAUUCAAUUCGCUUUAUUAUAGAGACUUUCAGCCUUGGGCUGGGCUGGUUCAUCUCUUUUACUACAAAGAAUGCAUUUUCAAGAACAUCACUAAAAACCUCAAAAACAAUUCAGCUAGCACUCCUGCGGUUUGAUGUAGGACCUGGGCAGGAAUAUCAAUGAUCGCGAUAUCAGUUUACCAGGAAUUCUACUGAAAACGAUUUAUAAUUUCAAAACAAUCUUGUCAGAAAUGUGGCAGAAAUUUCACUAUAAAUCGGCUCAGCAUCUUACACAGCAUUCCGGAGGAUUUUGCCCAAAAACUACCAGAAAUAUUUAUGCUCAUUCUACGAGUGGAUGAUGUGAAGCAGCUCGACUCGAAUGAAGUUACUCUCCAUUUGAUUUACAUGGCGAAUCACCUGAUUCGAGUCGAGAUUUGUCACCUCGACAUUCGGAUCGAGCUGCGUCAAGUCACUCCAUUCGUAGGAUGAGCACAAUUUUCAGUACAGCGGCCGUUCGCUCGUUGCAACAUGUUUACAUUGCAACGAGCGAAUGCCAUUCGCUAAUUGCAACGUCAAUUUGACACUAAAGUGCAUCGAAAUGCACUGCCAGCAUGACUGACAGCACAAAUUUGACAUUUGAUUGCUUUUUAAUUGCAAAAACAUGUCAAAUUUUGCUAUUAGCGGACUUGCAACUAAAAAGCGUUGCAACGAGCGGGUUUGCAACGAGCGAACGGCCGCUGUACAAAAAAUCUUUGUCGGACAACUAUGGCACUCGUACUAAGCUCCAAAAAGUAAUGGACACAAAAUACUAGUCAGUGUCAUGAGUGCAUCUGUGCGGGUGAAAUAUGUCAAGGACGAGUGAAUGCACCUGGAAGUUAUUGCAAAAAUACGUCAGAUUUUUUUUUAAAUAUUUGAAAUUGCAUUCCUUGACAAUAAUGACCAGGUUUACUGCGUAACAAUUUCCCAAAAUGUGCGCCGCGAGCCAAACGUCUGGUUUGAGAUAUUCUUACAGCAAGUUUUGUCUGGCAUUUAUCCGAGUACAGCGGCCGUUUGCUCGUUGCAACAUGUUUACAUUGCAACGAGCGAAUGCCAUUCGCUAAUUGCAACGUCAUUUUGACACUAAAGUGCAUCGAAAUGCACUGCCAGCAUUACUGACAGCACAAAUGUGACACUUGAUUGCUUUUUAGUUGCAACAGCUUGUCAGAUUUUGCAAUUAGCGAACUUGUAACUAAAAAGCGUUGCAACUAACGGGUUUGCAACGAGCGAACGGCCGCUGUAUUCUUUUUGAGAAUUAUUACAGGAAAUUGAUGCAAGGAUUUCUACAGACAAUCGAAAAGGAAUUCAAGAAGGGUUUCCAAAUUGAGUUCUUGGAGGAUAUCCAGAAAACCCGAGAGAUUCCAACUCAGAACUCCUAGAGGAUUUCUAAUUAAUUGCGGUUGACCACAGCAACCAUUGGCUUGAGCAGAGGGUCACAGAAGAUUACCCUUCCCAGUGGCUAACGAGAGUCAGUAUUUACCGUCAAUCUCCAGGGUCGGCACGCUUAUUCUUUCUAUUUCGCGAAUUCAGGAAAACACUUGAGCUGCUUUUUUAACACUCCUGUUUAUUUGUCUAACCGCAGUGCACAUUAUCUCUAUCUUUCCCUAGAUAUCCACCUUCUUCCCUCUAUUUCACCCACAUUCUUAAGGCUUAAUCUGACCUUCUUUCUACGAGGCCCCUUUCUCCUGCUGCCAGCCUCUAUUGUUCUACGCUCCAGCUCCUCUUGGUCCACGGUUCAAAUGCGACCUUUGCCGCCUAAAUGAACCGGGAAUUCCUCGGCUUCCGGAGAAUGAGCCUCCUUUAGGGUUUCGGCCGGGUGUAGCGGAGGGCCGGAACAUCACCGGAUGUCGGCUCAACGAACAGCGAGAACAUUCAAUUUUGCUGUUGGAGAAUACUUGAACAAAUGGCCGUUUAUUUGGUCAGUUAAGGAUCUCCAAGAUCCUAAUGGCCUUCUUUCGCGACCACCAUCUACGUCCAAGUUUCAGACAAAGCAGAGUCAUCUGGAGGCUAAUGUUGAAGGAUGAUGGUAGCUGCUAUUUAUGAUUGCGUCCUUCUCGGGUGACCAGAUACGCACAGCGGAAACACACAAUACAAACACUUUCCUGAAUUAUACUUAACAAACUAACAGAUACUAUUCUACGUCGCGAAAAACUCUCACAAACCUGCUGAGGGGGUACGAACCGUUACAGAUUUCCAGAAAAAAAAUUAAUAUUCCCAUUAGGAACUCCAGGAGGAACUCCUAGAGUAUUCUAAGAAAGGGCUCUUGGAACAUUUCCGAAAGGAACUUCUAGAGGAUUCUUGCACGAUCUCCUGGAAAAUUUUCAAUGAAAAAAAAACUUCAGGGGAGCACCCAUAAGGAAACCUUGGAGUUAAAAAAAAAAACUCUUGGGGUAAACCAAGUAGGAAAUCUUGGAGAAAUUUCACAGAGCAUUCAGGAGUGAAUUCACAAGCAGUUUUUUGGACGAAUACUUGGAGGACUCCUAGAAAAAAGUCCUGAAACAUUCCAAAAAGGAACGUCUACUGCAAUCUCAAAAUAAACUUUUUCUGGAAUCAUAGAGAGAACUCCUGGAGAAGUUUCAGAAGGAACUCGUGGAGAAAUACCUGGCUGCAUACUACAGUGGCAGCAUUGCAGAAGCAACUCUUUGAAGAAUCGUAGAAUCUUCCAUGUAAAAUCCAAGCAAAACUUUCGCAGAAAUCCCAGGAAAAACUCAUUGGAAAACCCCCAGAAGGAAUUCCUGGAGAAAUCCCCGAAGGAUUUUCUGGAGAAAUUUCAGAAUAAAAUCUUAGUAGUAGUGCAAACUUAUGAAGAAAAUUCGCUGGAGAAUUUCUGGAAUUUCAGAGGAAACAUUUUGAUGAUUUUCAGAGGAUUUUCAAGAAGAUCUAUUAGGUAAAACUCAGAAAGAAUUCUUCAAAUAAUUCUAGUUCUUGGUGUAACUCAUGAAGGAAUUCCCGGAGAAACUUUAAGAAGAAUUUAACUUCUGGGAUAUUUCCAAAAUAAACUUCUGAAUAAAUUUCAGAAAGAACUCCUGGAGAAAUCCCACGGAUCAGGAAGACUUCAUUUCAUGCUUCAACUUGUCGUUGAGUUCAAAGAUAUAAUCAAUCGGAAUCGUACGAGAUUGCAUGGAGGAAUCCCAGAAACAUAUUUGGAGAAAUCCCAGAAGGAAUCUCUAGGAGAAACCUAAAAAUAGUUCUUUAGAAUUUCAAAAGAUUACUUAAAAAAUGUAAAUAGAUUUUCCAAAAGUAUCCAAGAAGAAGCUCGUGUAAAGGUAUCCGUGAAAGAAUACCUGGAGGAAUCUCAGAAGAAGCACAUGUGGAGAAGCCUGGCGGAGCUUCUAAUGAAUUGUGUUCUAUAAAAAAAAGUAAUGGAAAUCUUAAAGGAAUUCCAGGAAAAUCGCCGAAGGAACUCUUGAUCUUUUGUGGAGGAGCUCUUGGAAGGAUUCCCAGAAGAUCUGCUGUGGAAACUCUAUAAGAAACUUUAUCCCUCUAAUACCCAAAAUUUUGAUUUUGAUCUAAAUAUCAUUUUUCGUCGUCUAAAAUCGAUUUAAACAUGUUUUGAAAGAUGAUUCUUUUUAAUUCUCGAUUUCGUCAAUUUCAGUUUUUGAUUUUUCUAAUUUUUAUUUUUGAACAUCCCCACACUUUUAUAUUUUUCCUGGAAGCCAAUUGGGGAAACGGAUUUUUUGAGAUGAAAACAUUUUGAGAUUUUAUGAUUAUUGUUGAAAUAUUAUUAUUUUAAAUUUUUUUCACAGAAAUUUUUAUUUUCCGUGUAAUUUUAAGGAAAAUAAUUUUAGAGUGUAUUCGAUUCCCUUAAACUAUCAAACAAGGAUAGAAUGAUUUGGGAAAAAUUUAAAAUAUGUCAAUUGUAGCGAUUUAAUACGAAAUAAACAAUGACUUCUAAAAGGUGACUAAAACAUCAAUUUUCCAAUGAUUUUUUACAAAUGUAAAUACGCUUCAAAAUACACCAAAAACAAUUUUGAGAUAUACAGAAUAGUCCUAAAUAUCAGCCAAAAAUAUAAAAAGUUUGAUUUUCCACGAAACAAAAAUUACAAAAAUGCUCAAACUAUACCCCGUCUAAAGGCGGGAUUGGGUAUUAGAGGGUUAUAGGAAAUGCCAAAUUAUCAUCUAAACAAAAUGCCAAAAAUUAUUGAAUAAAAAGUUAUCAAAAGAAAACUUUUUUUGGUCACUCUAUUUUUUAAGUGCUAUUUUAAUUAAAUGCUUCUUAACUUUGUAGAACAUGCCAUUGCUCUAUAUGGAAACAAUGAAAAGUUGACAUUGCACAGUCGUCCACGGACCGGAUUUACGAGGAAAGAUGCAUUCAGCGCCUUCAAAUGAGUUCAAUUUGUUUGAAAAUAUGGACCACCCUUAUUUUCAUGUACAUUGGAAAGAGGGCCUCAUUUUUAGGAACAACUUUGUAGAAGACCAUAUUUGUCUAAAAAAUCAAAAUGAAGGAAUAUGAAGAAACUUUUCCGAAGACAGCAUAUAGUUAAAAAUAAUCAUUUGGGCGUUAUUUUUUCCAGUUAAAUAUGGCCCAUGGACCGUUGUGCAAUGAUUCCUUUGAAAGUUCAGUGAUGCAUCAUGUUAUCUUAAGUAACUCCGAUUCCUGGUGAAACUACUUCACCAACAAUUUCAAAGAGACGCCGGGGUUAUUUUCAGAAGAAACUCCUAAAGAAAUUUCUGAAGGAACUCCUGGAGAAAUCUCACGGAUCUGGAAGACUUUAGAUUAACAUCUCAUCGGAUACCAAGAAAUGAUUAAACUCAGGAUCGUACGAGAUAACCUAGAGAAAUCCCAGAAGCAUUCCUAGAAAAAUCUCGGAAAAACCACUUGGGGAAAAUUAGUUCUUUAGAAAUGCCAAGAUUAUAUGGAAAAUGUCAUGAGAUUUCCGAAAAGUACCCCACUAGAAACUCAUAGAGAAAUUCGUGAAAGAACUCCUGGAGGAUUUUCAGAAGAAGCUUAUGUAAGAAAUCCUGGCUGAGCUUCUGAUGGAAAUCCAAAAGGAACUCCAGGAGAAUCGCCAGAGGAACUCUCGAUGGAUUUGGUGGAGAAAUUCCGGAAAGGAUUCCCAAAGCUCCAGAAGAAACUUAUAGGAAAUUCCAAAUGAUUAUCUCAAGUAAAUUGAAGUAAUUAGCUGGCUGGAUACCUAAAAAAUAUUCAAGUUCAAAGAGAGUUAACAUCGUACAAGAUACCUACACUAGAGAAAUUUCAUGAAUAUGCUUGGAGAGAUGUCAGAAAGAAGCCCUCAAGAAAAGAAGAAAUUCCUGGAGGAAUAUCGGAAGAAGCUCUUUGAGCAAUUUGCAGUGGAACUCCUGAGGAAAUUCCCGUAGAAACCACCGUAGAAAUUAAAGAAGAAACAUGUGGAUGAAUUCCAAAAAGAACCAUUGCGUGAAUCUCAAAUGGAACUCGUUGAGGAAUUGAAAAAAUUUUAAAUUUAUUUUACGAGAUAUCCAAGCAGAAUAGUACAAGAUAGCCUAGAGAAAUUCCAGAAUAGUUCGACUAGGAUAUUUCAUUAGGACCUAACUGACAUUAUCUAAAGAUUUUUUGAUUGAAAGCCACAGGGGGCGGCUAUUCCUUGCUAUAGAAAAAAAAGAAGAAUUAUGAUUCAGUUAGUUUUGUUCAAGUUAUUAAGGACAAACUUCUUGAAAUCCCGCUUCAACAGUGCAUCAAAACUUCAGAAGCACAAAUCUCGAGAAGUAAUAAGCUUAAAAUAAGAAGAUCAGGUGUGCUGGUUUCGUUUCCGAAGAGAUUUGUGCCCUCGAAAUCGUGAGUAGGUGCCAAAGUCGGCCAUUGUGACAGCCAUUUUGGGAUUUUAACAAGUCUGUCCUUAACGAAAGAGAGAAUCGACGAAGCGAAAAAAAAUCAAUCAAGCCAAUUAGGCCCUAACGGAAGGAAUUCCAGAGGGUACCUAUUCUAAUUGAAAUUCCUUCAAAAGGAUUUCUUUAUAAAUUCCAAGAGAUAAUCAAACGACAUCCUACAAGAUAUAUUCCCAUGAACAGUUUUGGAGGAAUCCUAGGAGGAACCCUUGAGUAAACCCAAAAUAAUUUUUGGACCAAUUCUUAAACAUUAACAUCUCAUGAUAUUUGUGCUCAUUCUACGAAUGGAGUAACGUGACAAAAAGUCGGAGUCGUAUAUCGAGGUGAGAAACCUCGACUCGAAUGAAGUGACUCGCCGUGUGAAUCAAAUGGAGAGUCACAGAGUCAGUCGAGAUUUCUCAAUUCGAUAUACGACUUCAACUUUCGUCACGUCGCCCCAUUCGCAGAAUGAGCACAAUUUUCCUAAAGAAGAAUCCCAUGAUAUUUUCUGAAGGCAUCUCAGACGAAACUCUUACAGAAAUCAUUGAAAAAACUUCUGGUAGAACUUCAGGAGAACUCCAAGGAGAAUACCAGUAAAUAGUUUAUGCAGUGUCUUUGAGUUGACGUUCUGGAGGAAUCCCUGGACAAAACUAAGAAAUAGAUUCCUGAAUUGACGAGCUAUUUUGACACUUGUUUAUUUUCACUAGGGUAUCCCAAUUGCCUAGUGAAUAAAGCAUUGGAUCGCCAAUCCGGAGACAGCGAAUUUGAUUUUCAUUCCAGUCGGGACAUUUUCUCGACUUUCUGGGUUAAGUGUAUCUUUGGGCGUGCCACUUAAAUUAUACAAAUUCAUGCAAUAACAGGUUAAGUCUUUACUCUAAUCUGGAAGCUGUGGAAGUGCUGUCAGAUGCAGAUCACUAAGUUGAAGAAUAGUAGACCUAGUUCCAACGGGAACCCAGAGACAAAAGUAAGAAAUUUCCGGUGGAUCUACUGAGUGUUCCUGUAAAUAUCAUUGAUACAAUUUUUAUUUAAAUUUAAGAAGGGAUUGGAGGGAAGGGAAUUCAGUAAUACAUUCUAUCGAAAGAAUGCCUUUCAAUGGCCGACCUUUUUGAAAAGGUUCUGGAAGAAUUUUCAGAAAAUUUUCUGGUGAAAUUCUUACAAGCUUUAGGACAGUUCUUGGGUGUUUGUUAAAGUGCCUCUUCCACCUUUCUGUUACCAGAAGCCCGUCUCUCGAGAUGGUUCUGCAUCUCGCUUGUAACACUAGUUUACAGCAUUUUUGAACUCGGUAAGCUGAUGAUCGUUUUUGGUGUAGAAUCAUGCCCUGAGUUCGAAAACGCGAAGGAAAAAAAUUACAGUAGAGCGGAAAUUUUUUCGUCUUUCCAUAUAAGGUUGAUGAUUUGAAAUCGAUUUUUGUUCUAUUUUUAAGCAAAGUCGCUCACUUCAAACAUCUUAUUCUCCGUAAUCAAUGCUCCGAUUGAGCUGAAAUUUUUACUGUAACUCGCCUACAUAUGAUAUGUCAAAUAAACGUCGAGAAAGAAUUUUUCAGUUGUUUUUUUCUUAUUGAAAAAAAUACAUUUCUUCAACAUUUUUUGGGAAUUUCGCUAAAAUUUAAGAAGAUCGUCCCUAAAACUCGCCAAUAUCUUGAAUUUCAUCAAUCUGAUGCAAAUCCUGUAUUCAGAUGAUCGAAUGGUAUUGUAUUCAGCUUUUAAUUUAUGGAAAAAGAUUUAAAAAUGGUUGAACAAAACGCAAUAUAUUUGAAUUUUAGUAAAUUAUAUAUUUUGAAAACUUUCAAAACUUUGAGCUAAAACUCAAAAACUGUUCUACUUAAAAUUUUUUGAAGCACGAUUUCGAAAUCAGUGCUAAAUUGUGCUUCAAAAAUUUUGGUCGUUGACAGAAGUUCACGACUUUCGUUUUAUUUUGUAAACUUGUGUAAUCGAAGUAUUGAACGUGAUCCCCCAAAGUAAGAAAAAAUAAUAUCCUCAGCAGCCUUGGAAGCUCUCCCAUUUUCAAAAACCCGAAAUCCAUUGAGAAUAGACUGUUUUCCAAUCGAAUGAGAUUAUAGAGUCGCACAGUUUCUUCAUUGUAAACUUCAUAUAAAGCAAAAAUGUAAAUAAAUAUCACACAACAAAGAAGAUUCUGCGCUGAGUUUUAGGAGAAAAAAAAGAAAAGAAGCAGAAACCAAACCGCAAAGCAAAAAUCGUGAUAUCAUAUUCCACCUUUCUACGGUAGAGUGUGUAAAUUAAACACAUGUGUGUAGGUAUUGUAUAUUUAUUAAUAGUAUCAAUAUUGACUCGGUUAGCAAAUUCGAUCGAUCGAAAUCCGCCACUAGCAUUCGUCGGUGUGAGGCGCCGAAACGAUUAUUUAUUUGAAUAUCAAAUUAGACCCCGUGUAUGGUCGCACUUAAAAAGUGCGCGCUGCGAUCUCCUCUGGUAAGACCCAAACACGGGGCGAGGUAGGAAAUUUAGAUAUAAAAACCAAAUGAAGUCAUUUUUUUAAUCGAAACAGAAGGAAGGCAGACGAGGAUAUUGUGUGCUCGUGGCAUGCGAAUCUUCGAGUAUAGUAGUUCAAUUAUCACCUAUACAAACAAUAUCUUUGCAUAUUAUUUCUCUGUGUGCUUGAAACUAUUCUAGACAAACGAUAAUCGUAAAAUAGUUAAAUCAAUUCGUUUUUAACCAACAACAACAAAAAACCAGUCAAGACACAAUAAGGACACAGGAAAGAGACUGCCAUUUUGAGCUAGUUUGUAUAGUGGAAUAAUUUUGUGAAGUAGUGAAAAAUUUGCAACACAAAAACGCAGACUAAGAUCAUGUACAUAGAGAAACUCAUAUGAACAAAUACUACUCAAUCAACAAAACACUAUCCGUCAGUAAAGUAAACGAUCAUCACAAAACUAUUCGUUGUAUGAAACCGUAAGACAUAACCGCAGUUCGCAGAACGACAAAGCAUACGUAUAUACAUAUAAAGUAGAAAUCAUACCCUCUCAUACCCACAAAUCUACGAAACAAAGGGCGUUUUUCUAGUGUUUGUAUCAUAUACAUUACACUCGAUCUUCACCAUUAUCUAGUGAUAUAAAUCCUGUGCGCGCUGGAGAAAGCGCAGAACACCCGAACAACCGUACUAAAUGUAUCAUAUUUUUACUGUGUUGCAAUAUUUCCUUCUGGGAAACAAUCGCAGACAAAACAAUGCAGCAUUGUAUACUGCUUCAAGCCGUCGUCGUCAGCCCAAUUCCAAUCAAUCCAUUACCUUGUUUCGCGAAGCUUGUCACUGUGCUUCGUCGAUAAUCAUGGCGUACCGACCGAAGCGAUUUCCUCAUUCCAAUUUAAGUUCAACCAACAAAUACAACAAAUGCCAUAUGCAACAGAUUAUUCUCCUCAAAUCGUAAAUUAGAAAAGACUGGUAUUGCACCUUCAUCUGCCGCACAUUAGUGUAUACUAGAAAAAGUAACCUUAUACAGAUACAACCAUGGAUCCCAAACCGACGCGAUACGCGAUGAUGAUCGACGACGAGAAAGGUAUAGCGUGGCAUGGCUUCGUGCUAAGGUUAUUGUAUUUCGCUGUUUUGUAAUAAAACUUAUCCGAUAUAUUAUUGCCUGUACCGUAUUCCGGGAACUUCCGGAAUGGAGGAAGUACAGCAAGAAUAAACAUCAUUUGUAUGAAAUAAAUAAACAUUGAAAUAAAA